AUGUCCGCCGCCGCAGAUAUGUCGUCCCUCAAUGGCUCCUACACGGCGACCUUGAGUCCCACGGUCGCCUCCUCCGAUACCACUGCCACGUUUCCUCCGCACAUGCUCGCAAGCUCCAUCUCGUCUCUCUCUUCCUCGACCUCAUCACGCCACACUUCCCAGAUCUCAAAGACCUAUCGCCAGGCCUCGACUCUGUUCCUCACGCGUCGUCUACCCGAGGCCCUGUCGACCAUCCUGCCAUUGAUCACCCCGCCGCCGGGACAGUCAGAAGACGGCACAACCGAACCAGCGCCUGUCGCGAGGGCGUCGCGAUCCACGAGGAUCAAGGUCUGGAGCUUGUAUCUGACGACGCUCAACGCAAUCGUCGAACUGGAGCCGGACGAGGGAAAGGAUGCGUUCGGUAGCCAGGAGUGGCGGUCGCUCUGCUCCAAGGUUAGGGAGGGGGAGGUGUGGGAAGAGGUUGUACGCAACGGAUACCACGGCGUCGAGAGCGACGUCGACUCGGACGUUGUCAUCAACCUCGCCACACUCUUGUUAGCCCACGCCCGGACACAGGAAUUAAAUCAAAGGAAGCUGGAGAGCUAUCUUGCAGCAUCUACCUCACCAAAUCUGGACCUCUCGAAGCGGUUCUCGGACUCGCCCUCGCCAUCACCACGGCUGAACCGGCAUAAGUCUCCGACCAAGGCCACGAGUGGAGCAGAUACGCCGAGGGACCUCAAUGCGCGGGUCAAGAUUCUUGAGCUGUAUACGCUGCACGUGCUGAUCCGCAAUAACGAAUGGGAUUAUGCCCGUGAAUUUAUCAGCGUGAGCUCAGUAUUAGACGAUGAACGCCGUGAAGCGUUCUUGCAAGCUUUGCAAAGCCUGCAGGAGGAACAGCAGGAACAGGAGAGGCACGAGACAGAAGAGCGCCGCCGGCAGGAGGAGCAACUGCGGCGCGACAUUGAAGAGGCUAAGAAACUGCGAGCCGAAAACGAAGAAAGAGAACGCCGAAGGCUAGAAGAAGAGAGGGUACGGCGAGAAGGGGCUGAAGGGGACUACGGCAUCGAGAAGACAGCGAGCAGAGCAGGCUCGAGCAAGGCGGGGUCGAGCAAGGGACGUCAUGCGAGGGCCGUUUCCAACGCCUCGGGGUCCAACUCAAAUCCGAAAAUGCCCGUCUCCCGGGCGAAAGGAAAAUCGUCGGCCACGCCAACGUUUGGGACGAGGGCGUCAAUGGUUUUGUCUCGCAUGCGCGAGAUGAUAGACCAGCUGGGAGCAUCAUUUAAGACGAACCCCAUGCUGCUAAUGCGGCUUGUGGCCUUCAUUUUGGGAUUGGUCGUCAUGUUUGGGCAGAAGAACGUCCGAGAACGGAUACAGCGAGUGCUAGGUAAUGGUUGGAACAAGGUCAUGGCGACUGCGGGAAUGGGAGUCAAGGUUAGCUACAUAUGA